AUGGCGGGCGACAAGGAAGCCGGGCACCGGCCCAUGUCCAUCAAGCCGCGCAUACGGUACAACACCAUUGGCGGCGUCAAUGGGCCUUUGGUCAUCCUGGAGAAUGUGAAAUUCCCGCGCUUCAAUGAGAUUGUCUCUUUGACUCUUCCCGAUGGCUCGGAGAGGAGUGGACAGGUGUUGGAGGCGAGAGGAAACCGAGCUGUUGUGCAAGUGUUCGAAGGCACUUCUGGCAUCGACGUCAAGAAGACACGAGUCGAGUUCACGGGCCACAACCUCAAACUCGGCGUGAGCGAGGACAUGCUGGGCCGCGUGUUCGACGGCAGCGGUCGCCCCAUCGACAAAGGCCCGAAAGUGCUCGCCGAAGACUACCUCGACAUCAACGGCUCCCCCAUCAACCCCUACGCCCGCGAGUACCCCGAGGAGAUGAUCUCCACCGGAAUCUCCGCCAUCGACACCAUGAACUCCAUUGCUCGUGGCCAGAAGAUCCCCAUCUUCUCCGCUGCCGGUUUGCCGCACAACGAAAUUGCAGCGCAGAUUUGUCGGCAGGCUGGAUUGGUGCAGGAUAAGCAGCAGAAUAAGGGCACGCAUGACAACCAUGAGGAGAACUUCAGCAUUGUCUUUGGUGCCAUGGGUGUGAAUUUGGAGACGAGCCGUUUCUUCACUCGUGAUUUCGAGGAGAAUGGUAGUAUGGAGCGGGUCACCCUGUUCUUGAACUUGGCCAAUGAUCCGACCAUCGAGCGCAUCAUCACUCCUCGUCUGGCCCUCACCACCGCCGAAUACUACGCUUACCAACUGGAGAAGCACGUGCUGGUCAUCAUGUCCGAUCUAUCCUCCUACUGCGACGCCCUUCGAGAAGUCUCUGCCGCGCGAGAGGAGGUGCCGGGUCGUCGAGGGUACCCUGGUUACAUGUACACCGAUUUGUCCACCAUUUACGAGCGAGCGGGCCGUGUGGUGGGCAGGAACGGCUCCAUCACCCAAAUCCCCAUCCUGACCAUGCCCAACGACGACAUCACCCACCCCAUCCCCGAUCUUACAGGCUACAUCACCGAAGGCCAAAUCUUCGUCGACCGCCAACUGCACAACAAAGGCGUCUACCCACCCAUCAACGUCCUCCCCUCCCUCUCUCGCCUGAUGAAAUCCGCCAUCGGCGAAGGCCACACGCGCAAAGACCACUCGGACGUGUCGAACCAGCUGUACGCCAAGUACGCCAUCGGCAAAGACGCGGCCUCCAUGAAGGCCGUGGUGGGCGAGGAGGCGCUGUCGAGCGAGGACAAGCUGUCCCUCGAGUUUUUGGAGAAGUUUGAGCGGACGUAUAUCAACCAGGGCGCGUACGAGAAGCGGAGUAUUUUCGACGGCCUCGAUAUGGCGUGGGAGUUGUUGCGCAUUUACCCCAAGGAGCUGCUCAAUCGCAUUCCGAAGAAGGUGUUGGAUGAGUUUUAUCAGAGGCAGGGGAAGAAGUCGGCGGCGGGGGGAAACAAGGAUACGAGGGAUAAUGGGGAAGAGGGCAAGCAGCAGAAUGGCGAGCAGGAUGGGAAGAAGAAGCAGCAGCAGCAGGAUGGAGACGGGAGUUCGUCGGGGCAGAAGAAGGAUGAUGCGGGGGAUUUGAUUGAUACGAGUGCAUGA